AUGACAUGCUCAAAAAUAUUUUCAGGAGAUUUACCCGAAUUAGUGGAUGAAAUUAUACAACAUUUACGGAAUGAUAUUUCAACAUUGUAUUCAUGUAUUUUAGUUAAUAGAUUAUGGUGUCGUUUAGCCAUUCCAUUAUUAUGGGAAGAUCCAUUUUCAACUCCUACCAAAAAUUAUCAUUUCAUUGAAAUUUAUUUACAAUAUUUGGAAGAAAAAGAUAAAGAAAAAUUACAAGAUUAUGGUAUUAAUAAUAAUUUAAUUCCUUUAAAUACAUUAUUCAAUUAUCCUAGUUUCAUUAAAUAUUUAAAUACACAGAAUAUUAUUUCAACUAUUAAACUGUGGGUUAAAGCCGUUAGAAAUUUAUCAAAUCAACCUUCAUUACAAUUUUAUCCAGAAUGUGAUCUUUUAAAAUUUAUAUAUGAAUCAUUAUUUAAGAUAUUUAUUGAAAGAGAAACAAAUUUAAAUACUUUUGAUAAUUUUAUCUUUUCAAAUAAUGAUCGUGAUUAUUUUUAUAUUGCUUUUAAAUUAAUUUUACAAAAUCAAAAUUUCAUUAAUAAUAUCAAAAAUUUAAAUUUCACCAUUUUUAUUACAUCACGAAUAAAUAUAACAACACUUAUCUCUUAUUUAAAAUCAAUUAAUACAAUUUCAUCACUUAACUAUGCCUUUUAUGGUUAUCAUUGUAGAUUUAAUUCCAUAAAUUUAAAUUAUUUAUUUACUUCAUUAUUAAAAAAUUCUAAUAUUUCGAAUACUUUAAAAAUAAUUACUUUUAGUAAUAUAAAUUUUAAUAACAUUUUUGGUUUUAAUGAAAUAUUUGAACAAUUAAAUGUUUUAGAAUCUAUUCAUAUUAUUGAUUGUAAUUAUUUAAAUUCUUUCAUUCAACAAAUUCUUAAUAUUAUCAAACCUUUUAAAUUAAAAACUUUAUUUAUGAAUAAUGAAUUACCAAAUAUUGAAUUAUUACAAUUAUUAUUACAAAAAUCUGGUAAUUAUUUAGAAAAUGUUAAUUUUGGGUUAUUAAUUAAGAAUGAAUUAAAACUACAAUCACUUGAAUUAAUUAUAAGAUACUGUAUGAGGAUUAAAGUUUUUGAAUUAUUCGGAUUUGAUAAUCAAAAUAUUUAUUUAUUAUUCAAUUUAAUUGAAAAUAUUGGUCAAAAUCUUAAUUAUCUUUCAAUUCAUCAGAUAAGUGAUUCAUUUACUAAUAAUAUUGAAACUAGUUUAAUUGUAUUACAAAAUUUAGGUCAAAUCCUACCCUUUAAAUUAGGAUAUUUAGAUUUAAAUCUUAUGAUUGAAAAUGCAAGUGAUUUUGAAAUAUUUUUAAAAAAUUCUCAAAAUACUUUUAUUAAUAGAUUAUGUAUUAAAAUUAUGAUUCGUGAAGGUGAUGAUAUUUUACUUUAUAUAAAAGAAUAUAUUAUGAAAAAGAAAAGAGUUAAACAUUUGAGUUUUAAGGUGAAUAAUAAUGAUUUAUUCUUCUUAAAAGAUGAAGUAAAAGAAUUUGAAUUAUAUAAUAUUAAGGUUCAAAGUGAAUCUGAUGGAAGAACAUAUGAUUUUGAAGUAGGUGAUCAUGAUAUUCAUCCAGCAGAUACUAACAUGUUAGCUAAAUGGAAAUUACUUGAUUUUAUUUGA